AUGGCUGCCUUGACUGAAAAUGUGAUCAACAGAAUCCUGUCAGAAAAGCAAUUUACUUUUGCAGUGAAACCAGAGCAGUUUAAAAUUAUUGAGUCUGUUGUUAAUAAAAGAGACACAUUUGCUGUAUUACCCACAGGCUUUGGGAAAAGUAUAUGCUAUGUCAUCCCAGCACUAUUUUAUGAUGAAAUCAAUCCCUGUAUAAAGCAUACAAGUUUGGUGAUCUCACCACUGAAAGCAUUGAUCAAAGAUCAAGUUCAAACAUUGAAGGGCCAUGACAUAAAAGCAUAUGGAAUAUAUGAAGGAGUGGAUAAAUCUGAUGUAGAUGUUUUAAUAGGUUCCCCUGAGGCUAUCAUCUCUAAGAACUGGUUAAGGGUGUUACAGGAUGUAUACAAGGACAGCAUUGCAUUAGUUGCAUAUGAUGAGGCUCACUGCAUAUCAGAAUGGGGUCUCGACUUUCGAGAAGACUACAGGAAGGUUGGGAUCCUACAGAGUAUCCUUGAUUCUCCUGUUCCCACCCUUACUGCCACCUGUAAUACAGCAAUGAAAGCUGACAUAGAGAAGAUUCUUGGAAUGUCCCAAGUUAGUACCAUUUCAUUUUUGCCAAACAGAUCCAAUAUCUUCAUUAGUAUCCAAAAGUCCAGUGAAAAGUAUGAAGAUGAGCUACAGUGGUUGCUUACAAGUAUUCGACAGGAGGGUGUAGCCAUGAAUAAGACAUUGCUAUAUGCAAAUUCGAUUGGAAAAUGUGAAGAACUCUAUAUCUGGAUGCAUAGUUCAUUGAAAGAUAAACUGUGGGUAUGGGUAUCAACAUUCCAGAUAUAA